CCAACCCCCGAGACAACCAACCCGGUCUCCCCUACAUGCCGUCGGCGUCUGUUACGCGUGAAUGAUAUUAAAGCUUGGUGGGUUCUCCCGAAGCGCUGUAGGCUAAUUCGUGAUGGAAGAGGAAGUCGGCUAACAAUAGUGGGUGGCUUCCAACAACCUGACAGCAGUGCUAGUCUGACACUUUAUUCAUUGAGUGUCCGGGAUCCGUUGGGUUUGGUUCACUAUCACCGCACCGAAGGUUGCAUUUGGAAAGCUGUCUCUGGAGUGUUUGGUCGGUUUAUGUGACUUUCUAAAUCACGUUGCCAUUGGAUUUUAAGCUAUUGUCAUCAGCAGCUCGAUAGCCAUUAAAGAGUGGAUCGCCUGACAUGCCGAAAAAGAAGAUGGACGGUUUCGGCUGGUGUUGGAUGGUCAUCUGUCUCCUACUGUGCACUCCCACUGAUAUCUUUGUUGUGGCUAGCCCAGAGGUGAACGAGACCCAGGAGCACGUACCGGUGAAUGUCUACCACGACACAGACGUCACCAGGAAAAAGAUUGUGACCGCCCAGUUUGAGUGCUACCAGAAAAUCAUGAAGGAUAACGACCACAACAAAAUAGGUUUCUUCUCUGAUGGUUUCUAUGCUGCAGGGCCAGUGUGUAACCGGACUUGGGAUGGGUGGCUGUGCUGGGACGACACAGAGGCAGGCUUCACUUCAGAACAGUACUGCCCUGACUACUUCCAGGACUUUGACCCCUCAGAAUUGGUGACAAAAAUAUGCAGUGACAACGGCCACUGGUUUCUGCAUCCUGAGAGCAACCGAACAUGGACCAACUACACACGAUGCAACGAGCAUACUAAUGAAGGCAGAAUGACUGCCAUGAAUUUAUUCUACUUGGCCCUCAUCGGUCAUGGCUUGUCACUGACAUCCCUAUUAAUUUCCCUGGGAAUAUUUUUCUAUUUCAAGAGUUUAAGUUGUCAACGAAUCACUCUCCACAAAAACCUCUUCUUCUCCUUUGUAUUGAACUCGGUCAUUACCAUCAUCUGGCUGACCGCUGUGGCGAAUAACCAGGAGCUGGUACAAAGAAACCCUACGAGCUGUAAAGUGUCCCAGUUUAUCCAUCUUUAUCUUUUUGGUUGCAACUAUUUCUGGAUGCUUUGUGAAGGGAUAUACCUGCACACCCUCAUCGUUGUUGCUGUGUUUGCUGAGAAACAGCACUUGAUGUGGUACUAUCUUCUCGGCUGGGGCUUUCCUCUAAUUCCAGCAUCUAUACAUGCAAUCGCUCGCAGUUACUAYUACAAUGACAAUUGUUGGAUAAGCUCCAACACUUCACUCCUCUACAUAAUCCAUGGGCCCAUCUGCGCUGCUCUGUUGGUGAACCUGUUCUUUCUGUUGAACAUUGUGCGUGUCCUGAUCACCAAGCUAAAGGUAACCCACCAGGCUGAGUCCAGUCUCUACAUGAAGGCGGUGCGUGCCACCCUGAUUCUGGUACCUCUCCUGGGGAUCCAGUACGUCCUGUUGCCCUACAAACCAGAGGGACGGGUUUCCUCUGAGAUCUAUGACUACAUCAUGCACAUCUUAAUGCAUUAUCAGGGUCUGCUGGUAGCCACCAUCUUCUGCUUCUUCAAUGGAGAGGUGCAAGGGGUUCUGAGGAGACAUUGGAACCAGUACCGUAUCCAGUUUGGAAGCACCUUCGCCCACUCAGAUGCCAUGCGGUCUGCCUCGUACACUGCCUCGUCCAUCACCGAGGUCCAGGGCUGCUACAGCAUCGACAGCCACACAGAACACUUGAACGGCAAGGGGGCCUGCCUCGACAUCGAGACCUCCAUCUUAAAAUCAGAGAACCCGUUCGCCUGAGGAUAGGAUGAUUUUUUUUCGGAAUGGUAGGGAAGGGGAGGCUGCAGUUUGUUACUAGGUUUACUGGGUUAACCGAGGGAGGGGAGAAAGAAGGGAUAAACAACAAACUUUCGGCCACUUGUAUACGCACUGAAACAAAAAAAAUAAACACAUUUUGCUACUUUUGAUUAACACAUUGAAAUGGGCACUUAAUCGUUUUAUCAGCUUAGUGAGAAUCACUUUUUGCCACCCUUUUUCAAGUAUCCAUGUAUGAAGCUUCUUUGCUGCUUUUCAGAGGAAGCCAAAUGUAUAUAUUCUGAUAAUUUAUCUUAAAGCAUUCAAGUGUUAGGCAGUCCUUUU